GUGGAGAGAAGGAAAUUCACCAUUCGUCUAUUUUCCAAUCAAAGUAGCAUCACACAAUAUGGCUGGAACACGUCCUUUGGUUAACUUUGCAUUUUACUUUGCUGUUGUCCUAGCAGCAACUACUGUUACUAUGUCGCUGCAAGGAAUGGCUGCGCGCGACAUGUCUCUUGAUAUCGUAGCGAUUGAACAGAAAUUAAUUCCGGUUGGUGAUAUAGUAACUUGCUUGAAAAGAUGCUACGUGCAGAGUGAUUGCAGCGAUGGUUGGCUUUGUUCAGAUUGCGCGAAUGAUGCAUUUGAUCAAGGUGGAAAGCACUGCGACAAGUUUACUGCUUCUGGACAAGGAUAUUUCGCGAUGCUCAGUCAAGCUCAAUUUGCAGUUUAGUUCGCUGCUGCAAAUGAAGAAAUAAUUAUUUUUCGUUUCUCUAUGUUGUGUUUGUUAACUUCACUUGAUCAUGUGUUCGUCUAGUUUUAUCAUUAUGGGUCCUCUCUCGUUCCUCUUUGUGUACUAAAUAAUAAGCCAAUAUUAUACUUGCUUUACAAUAAAUUAAUGUGGCCUGUCAUUGCCGUUGUUUGUGAUCAAUUAUGCAGUAAAGUUUCCUUUCGUUCCUAGUUCACAGCUAUAUUUGUUACUUAAGUCAAAUUAUUUCAAAAUCAAAA